GUAAUAGAAUGCAAUAUGAUUUGUUCUCCAGUGAUAUGGAACCCGUGGGUGGAGCAGAGUAAGGAUCUCAGCGAUUUUGGUGAUGAAGAGUUUCCCAACAUGGGUGUGUGUGGAAGCAGGCCACGUGUCCAGUCCCGUGGUGCUGCUGCCAGGCACAGCCUUCGAGGCGAGCCAGAUACUACAGGUAAUGUGAGUGGAGGGGAGCAGUGCAGUGGGUGGGGCAGGGGCAUUGGGGACUCGAGGUGGCCGAGGGGGGGUCCGUACCACUCCCCCAGUAGACACACCCCUGCUGCAGUACUCCACACCCUGGCUGUACAUGGGAGAGGUACUACAACAUCGAUUACUGAUGGACAAGUCCCCAGACUCUCCCCACCCCCCUUGCAGUCAACAGGCAGAGUGUAGCAUCUGCUCUCUCAAUCUCUAGGCAUUGAGUCAAGCUUUGAGUUGAAUUAUCUUUUAUCGUAAGUUGUAUUAGAAUAAUUGUUGCUCUCUAAAGAUUAUUAACAGACAUGUUGGGAGUUUUCAUCGUGUCUCAUCCGUUUUACUGUUAUAUAGUUGUUCUGAAGUUAUGUGUCAUAUAUAAUAACAAUAAUAAUUUAUAAUAUUUUUAUACACUGUCCAAAAUAAAAAAAAUAAUUAUACUCCACUUAAAACACAGCAAUCUUUGCUUUCUGUGUACAAUUGCCAUAUAAAAUGUGAAUGUAAUAUUAAAGAGUUCAAAUGUGUGCUGCAAACGGCUCAAGAUUUUUUUGUAAAAAGUAUUAAAUUUUUGAAUGCUCAUUCAUAUAAAUACUUUGAUUACAAUAGAUACGCUAAAUUCUGUAUGAUUUGUGUUGUGUCCAUUAACCUGCAUGUUGGAACACUAGUUCAAUGGCCGUAAUUAGACCAUCCAUUCAAAAUGAUAUUUUAUGUGGUUUCUUUUAAUAUUGUAGAUAGGACAAAUAUUUAGUUGUAAGAAUAAACAUAAAAUAUUCACAGCUUAACAUUUUGAACUUGAGAUGAAAAGAUCAGUAUACCCCAAAUCUAUUAUGAAAUAGACUAAUUGAUGUAUUAAGUUUUAAAAUGUACCAUGACAAAGACUGGAUGAGAGUAUAUUCAACUCAAAGCAGAGCUUUCAGUAGUAAAUAUUCAUUUUUUUCAAUAAUGUUAACUAAAAAAGAUAAUGAUAUUUAAAGAAAGAAAUUAAGUUUAGGGUUCUUGUCUUAAUAUUAAGGCGUUUUAGAUUUAUAAUUUAAUUAAAUACUUAGAGUUUUUACAUUCGCUCUUUUGUAGCUCAAUUUUAAGCCAAAGCUAAAAUUUAAAAUGUUGCAUUGUUAUUAUCGAAGCACAAAUUUAGGAAUCAUUCUAACUCUUGUUGAUAUUGUUUUAGACUAUUGUUUUGUUUUGAGGAUCAUGUUGAUGUUAUUCUUAAUUAAUGUUUUGUAUGAAAGAUUAUCUUGCAAUCUGGUUGUAUCAUCAAUUCAUAUAGAUAUUUAAGAAUAUGGUUGUAUUUAUGUGUAAUCUGUAUAAUUAUUAUUUAUUUUUAAUUAUUAAAAAUUUAAGGGCAGUCAUAAAAGUGAUCAUUUUUUAAUAUGGACCAUGGCUUCUUUACAUGAUUUAUUUAUGUAUAAAAACUGUAGCUUAAAAAUAGGUAACAAAUUUUCCAACAAAUUUAUUAUAUUAUUUACUUAAAAUUGUAAAAGAGAGAAGAAUGAUAAGUUCGUUAACUGUGACAUUCCUUAUUGAAAAUUAUAGUUUUCUUACUAAGAAUCCAUUUUUAUCUAAUAAGUUAAAUGUUAGGUCGUACUUGCGGUUUUGUCUUCCACGCGGUGGUGCUUUGUCAAUCAGUGUUCGUUCGUCUGUAGGUGACUGUGAUUUUGUAACAAAUACCAAGCAAUAAGCUGAUAAUAAGUGUUAAUAAUUGUCUCGUUUAUUUUCUUUCAUUCCAUAUUUUGGUAAGUUCUGUGUCCACUGAGUGGAAUUUUUUUAACUUAUAGAAACUUGUCUUAACUAAUUUUGUAUAGUACAAUAAUAUUAAUACCUCUUUUCCUUAUACUUAUUUAAUUUGGUUCAAUAUAUUACUUUUUUAGAAUAAUACUUUAUUAGUAUUUCCUUUUAAAUUUAAAUCUCUGAAUGUUAAGAUAAGUUAGUUAUCGAUUUGUAACUGCCUAUGUGUUCCUUUAAGAAAGAAUUUUAGAUAGAAGAUAAGGUGUGAAUCCUACAUAACAGAUUUAAUCAUUCCUGUAGCAUUUCAUAUAACGUUUAUAUUUCUCUACUUUGUAAAUUAGAGUAGCGUCAGAUCAAUAUAAAUGUACUGUUCAAUUAGUUUAUUAACAAAUAUUUAUGCAUGUCAGUUGUGUCAUUUAUUCACUGCAGUUAUUUUAUUAUUUAUUUCAUUAUCAAAUAAGAGGUCUUUAUUUCAUUGUCUGUUUCUUUUAAAUGUCAGAAAAUUGUUCUUCUAAGUACAAGCAUUUAAUAUAAUAUUGUCCUAUUUGAGUGAAUUAUAUUAUUGGUUGUCUAUUAUAAAUUAGAAAAGUAAUAAAAAUUAUACAACUCCUUUUA